CCCAUUUUCUGAUAUUUCAGAUUCUGGCUUCCAAAUAAGCCAACACAAAAUAAGUGUAAAUCUGUAAUCACCGGUAGCUUGGUGCCCAGUGGAAUUUGGUAUUAGCAGAAAAAUUAAUUUAAAACAACAAUUUUUACUAUUUGGUGUUUCCUACUUGCCUUUCUCUUGUCUUUUUCUUCACCAAUGCCAUGUUGUAGCAGAUCCUUCUUCUUCAUAUAAAGACACUUAUGCAGCUGAAUUUUGACAGACCAUCAAAAACCUUAAGCAAAUGGCAACUCUCAAUAACCUAGCAUUCACUCUUUCCCUCACUGUUUUGAUCUCUUUUUACCGAUCCAAUGCUGAACAAACUCAAUCCAUAGCCAGAUUUCUUGAAACUGAUCAAUAUCUUAACGAAACUGGUCACUGGAGGAAUUAUCUGAUUCAAUCCCAAGAACCAAUGCUGAAACUGGCAUCACCUAUGGUGUUAUCAGGAGUUUUAUGCUUCAUAGCUGCUUCUAUAUCCAGUGCAGGCGGCAUUGGUGGUGGAGGUUUGUUUGUUCCUAUAUUGACAAUUGUGGCAGGUCUAGACCUGAAAACAGCUUCAAGUUUUUCAGCUUUUAUGGUCACUGGUGGCUCUAUUGCUAAUGUUCUAUGUAACUUGUUUAGUCCCAAAUUUGGAGGCAAGGCUUUGAUUGAUUAUGAUAUUGCACUUCUAUCAGAACCUUGUAUGCUUUUAGGAGUUAGUGUUGGCGUGAUUUGUAAUUUGAUUUUCCCAGAAUGGCUGAUCACAGUUUUAUUUGUUCUAUUUCUUGUUUGGUCUACUUUCAAGACUUGUAAGAAUGCGGUUGCGCACUGGAAUUUAGAAUCAGAAGAAGUGAAGAGAAAUGGUCAUGGAAAUCUCGAAAAUGGGCGUGUUAAGGACAGGUCUAGUAUUGGAAAUGAAGAAAUCAAGAUUAUCAAAGAGCCUCUUAUGGGUAUAGAAAUGGAAAACAGAAUGAGUUUUACAUGGGAGAAAUUGGGGGUUUUAGUUUUGAUUUGGUUAUCUUUCUCAUUCCUAUAUUUGCUUCGUGGGAAUCGCUAUGGAGAGGGAAUUGCACCAUUGAAGCCAUGUGGAGUAGGAUAUUGGGUUGUCUCAUCACUUCAAAUCCCUCUUGCAAUAAUUUUCACAGCAUGGAUCCUGCUGAAGAAACGGCACUACCAAAAUCAAACUGCAAACCUUCAGUUGUUUGUGAAGGACAUCGAUGACUCAAUGGAAGGCAGAGCACCAAACAAGCUCACUUUCCCAAUAAUGGCACUUUUAGCAGGGAUAUUAGGUGGAGUUUUUGGUAUUGGAGGUGGAAUGCUUAUCAGCCCUCUUCUUCUUCAUGUAGGGAUACCACCUGAGGUAACUGCAGCAACUUGUUCUUUUAUGGUUUUCUUUUCAUCUACCAUGUCAGCAUUUCAGUAUUUAUUAUCUGGUAUGGAGCACACAGACACAGCCCUUAUGUUUGCCAGCAUAUGUUUUGUUGCUUCACUUGUUGGAUUGCUAGUAGUUCAGAGAAUCAUACAAGAUUAUGGCAGGGCUUCCAUAAUUGUGUUCUCAGUUAGUAUUGUGAUGGCUUUGAGCACAGUUCUUAUAACCAGCUUUGGAACUAUUGAUGUCUGGAGAAAUUAUGAAUCUGGGACUAACAUGGGCUUCAAACUUCCAUGUUGAAAAGAAAAAGGGACAAGAUUAGCUAUAAACGAACUAAAUGUUAAGUGCGAGUAGAAAUGCCUCUCAUUUAUGAAGGGAGCAAGAGCAAGAGCAUCACAUCAGGCUGGUAGGUUAUUAGAAGCAGAACAGCAGGUUUUCCACUUGGCUCUAAUGCCUCAGUGAGACCCAGUAGACAAAAGGAUAUAGUCAAGGAAAUCCCUAGUAUAUUGUUCUUCGAAGAGGGUAGUGGAUAUGAAUUGUACUUUCAAGCAUGCAAACAAAAUAUUACUAAUUUGUUAA